AUGGAGAAAAUUAGAAAUGAAUCUAGCGAAAUAACAUUACUAACAAAUUAUAUAGAUAAUAUUAUGAAGGAUACAUUACACAUUCCAGACAAACACGUUGUCCAAUGGCCAAAUACUGCUUUGAAUGAAAGUAGAACAAGAAAUAUUGAAGGUAGAACUAAGCAGCCCAAAUUUCAUGAUCUUAUUCGAUUUGGUGUUUUCAUGAAAGAUUGCAUAGAUUCAGCAAUUGACAAAGGCACUGAUAUUAAUGUAUUAGGAUUCCAAUGUGUUGACCUUAUUCUAGGAUUAUAUUUCAUGAUUCAUAUUGGACAAGUUUCAAUUCCAGCUUCAGUAAAAAAAAUGGCAUCUUUUGUUGAUGAGAUACAAAAACAAUGUUCAAACGGGAUAGCUUUGGCACACCUAAGUUUAACCAGCUUGUUAGCAAGACACAUAACUGUUUCAGAAACUGUCCAUUUUCAUACAGACG